AUGGCUCCUCAACGAGGAGGAGAGAAAGGUCCAGAAGCCGCGCCAGAGGGCAGCGCCGCAAGCGGCAGCGAGAGAAGAGCUCAUCAGAAGUGCGGUGUCCUGAUUGCAUUUGGUAAAAAACAAGAAGGAAAGAAAAAGGUAAAAAAAGCCGAAAAAACAAGUAAAGGAGAUAAGGAGGAGAAGGACGAGAAGGCUGAUAAGCUGGAAAAAGACGAGAAGACUGAGAAGCCGGAACCCGCGAAAGCGGAGUCAGGCCAGGUUGAAAAGGCUGAUGGCGACUCAUCAAAGGUAGAGAAGGCAGAGAAAGCAGCCAAGGACAAGCCCGAGAAGGCAGAGAAGAAAGCCAGCAAGCCCGACAAGCCCGACAAGGCCAAAGGCAAAAAGACCAAGGAUGGUAAAACGAACAACAAAGGAGACGAGAAGACAAAGAGCAAAAGCCAAAGCAAGAAGGAUACAGCAGCGAAAGCCGAUGCGAAAAAGAAAGCAAAGGCAAAGAAAGACAAAGACAAGUCGUCUUCUAGCUACAGUUCAUACUCUUCUUCCUCUUCCAGCAGCGAUGAUGAUGAUCAGCAACAACAGCAGCAGUAUUUGAAUGCCAUGAGCCAGUGGGCGAUGAUGCAGGUUUGCCGGUCAGUCACUACAUGCAUACACACACGGAUAUACCGUAUGAUAUACCUCUGA